GCCGCGCCCACCCCAACGCCGGCCUACCUCGCAUGCACCACUGGCUAAUUACACUACGCGACGCAAUGUCGGCGUGCAGCCCCCAAUGCAAUCCCCCCACUCAUCAGACAGCACAGCAGAUGAGUAGUAUGAUGGCGGCAGGGAGCAGGAGGAUGCUCGUCCCUCUCAGGCCACGGGCGCUCUCGCAGCAACGGAAAAUCCUUGCCGGCCUCGCCGCCGCCUUCGCGGUCACCCUACUCUCCGUCGUCCUCCUGAUCUCCUCCCUUCCCGCCGCCUCCUCUCCACCAUCCCGCCGGCGCCACGGCAUCCACGCAGCAUCCACGACCGCGCGUGGUCCUCCCGCUCACUGCGGCGCGAUGAGCGCGAGCCUGGGGGAGUUCGGCGACAUGAUGGUGUCCAUGCUCCCGAGGGACCUCGCCUUCACCGCCUUCGUGGCCUCGCCGGAGUCGUUCCGCCGCGUCCUCGGGCUGCGGCACAACGACAGCGCUGCGGGGCUGAAGGCCAGCGACGACACCUAUGCCGUCGUCUCUCGCGUGCUCGGCUUCUCCGCCGUCCCUCUGCGCCUGCGCUCCGGGGACGUGGCUCUGCACGGGACGGCGCGGCUCCUGGACCUGGACUCCGUGUCCGGGCUGAAGGUGCACGCGUGGAGGGACGUGGACGGGGCUCUCGUCGUCAACGGCGUGCGGUCGGAGUGCGUCGAUAUCGUCAGGGACGAGACCGUGGUCCAUGUCAUGGCGGGGGUCCUCAUGGACGCCGAGUUCGAGCGAUCUCUUUCCCUUCAGAAUUAGAGGGUUGAUGAUCAACCUCGUAUUAACAUCAUCCUGAAUUCCUGAUGAAAUGUGUUUGUGCUUUUUUCAACAGAUUUGAUUAGAGUACA